CGUGCGAGUGACCUUUGCUUUGUGUUGAUCAAUCCAUCCAAUGUACGCAGCAUGAUGAAAGAGCUGCUUGCGUACCUGGAAGUCUGUGAUUCCGAUUUUAAAAGUGAUGUCUGCUCGAACAUUAUCAUCGCUGCAGAACGGUAUGCUCCCAGCAAGCGUUGGCACAUCGACACUAUCCUCAUGGUCCUCACUACGGUUAUCUUAGGCCUCUUACCUAAUAUAUCUUAA